CCCACCGAGUCUCGCCAUGUUGUGUUUGCACUGAACCUUGACAGGCAAGAGACCGCAGUCCGGGGACCAAGUGCGAUAACAUCAAGGUGAAGGACGUUACCGAUCACAUAAAUACGGUGGCUGUUUGUCGUCAAGGUGCUAACUAACUGUUCGGUUGUCAAGAGACAAAAGGGAUACUAAACAGAAAACCCAAACGUCUCACACAAAGCUGUAGCUGAUCUCCUAAAAGCUGAUUUCUUCCAAGUAACAAAGUUAUCGACAUGUCUGACAGUAACUCAAAUAACAACCCUAUUCCAGGUAAGUCGGUUUGGGAUUGGUGAUUGGUGAUUGGUAGGCCUAAAAUUAAUUUGUUUGAAUGGAUUCGGGCGAUUAUACGUCACAUAAGUAGGACAAUGUUUUUAGUUUAGCUUUCCCAGUCCACUGGAUUCCCCCCCCCCCCCCCGAGUUUAUUUAGACUUUAAGGGAUCAGCGAAGUUUCAUUUUUUAAUGAUUAUAUAUGUGUCUGCGUUGACCAGUUAGAACUUCUUGGGGCUACUUUCCCCAAAUCUUUGGUAGACAUCGUUAACUAAGUAUACAUGGAAAAUGAUGCAGUGUACUAUAAAAUGUUAUUAAAUGUAGUACAAAAUGAAUUUCAUUUUGAUCAACCAUAGCUAAAACUAUUUAAGCAUAUUAUAUUUUCAUAUUGUCUAUUUAAAAAAAAAAAGUGUUUGACUUCGAGAUUUACAAGAAAGACAAUCACAUUUUCAAGGGAAAUAACUUGAACGUUUUAGAUUAGCUCGUUCUGAAACAUAACAGAAGAAAAAAGAAAUGCCCUAUUAUUACAAAAUUCCACAUUUUAAUAAAUGUAAUUUAUUUCAGCAGCUACAUUAUUUUGUUAUUAAACUUUUUUUGUAAAAGCGAAAAUUUCUUCAACAAAAUGUUUACAUUGACAAAUCUUAAUGGAAACAAACAGUUGAAUUCGGUACAUGCUACACCAUGGCAGUACAAAAAUAAAGAACUCCACAAAAAAAAAAUUAAAUUUGUUGUUGUUGAAUAAAUGGUUAGAGUUAUCGUUCAUAAAAUAUAGCUAAAAUGUUCUCUAAAGGGAACGAUGCCAACGUUAAUUAAUUCUUCUCUUUUAUCAUCGUCCUUGUAGAAAUCCAAACAUUCUCAUGAAAUAAGAAAUGAUGGCGUAACAGUAAAAACAUGACGCUCACCUGCAGUCUUCUACUAUUUCUCCAACUAAACUAGCAUUGACAUAAAAUAAUGCACAAUUUAGUCGGUUAUGUUAGAGACAUUUUUACAAUUUUAUACUCUACUUUUUACAGGCGAAGCUACGUCUUAUCCUAAAUCCCAACCAACAUUUGCUACAAUGGCUCUCAACCUGGUGAAAAAAUCUGCUCUUUUGGUUGUGAGGUAUGGUCUCACUUUUUGUUGGCUUUAGAAUUUUAAAGAGCGUGGUGGGUCUGUUAAAUCUUUUUUAGAACCUGUUGUGGCCUGUGAGCUGAUUCAAAGAAAGAAAGAUUAUUUAUUGUUUAAAGUGUAGCAUACGUUUUGUGUCAUCUUUUUGUCUAUCAUCAAUUUUAAAAUUAACGGUAGCUUAAUUAAAACAAUCUGCUACCCAUGUUUCCAAAAUCUGCUGGCUAUAUCUCCAAAAUCUGCUUCCUAUAACUCCAAAAACUGCUACCGGCAUCUCCUAAUUCUGCUCCCUAUAUUUCCAAAAUCUGCUACCGGUAUCUCCAAAAACUGCUCCUUAUAUCUAAAAAAUCUGCUCCCUAUAUUUCCUAAAUCUGCUACCGGUAUCUCCAAAAUCUGCUCCUUGCAUCUCCAAAACUGCUACCUAUAUCUUCACGGGAAAUUCAUGCAUAAAGUAAUUAAAUUUACGAAAAUAAAAUAGUUUACUUAUCCCCCCCCCUUUUUUUUCCCCCCGCAGAUUCUACUUGUUAGGUGUGUUGUGGGUCUACUUCUGGCUGAAGAAGAUCUUCUCGCGAGCACUGGAGCCGUUGGAGCCUGUGUUCGAACAAGUGAGGAAGGUCCCUAGGAAAGACAUCAGUGCCGAGGGCAUCUUCUACCAGGUUCUGAGGCUGCAGUUCCUGGUCCUGCUCUACGUCUCUCCCCUGGUCGUCGGCGCCUUCCACUAUCUGGCUCAGCCGCUGGUGUGGGCCAGGGACUGGACGUUCGCCUUUGUUGAUGAAGAUGGCAGCACGUGGAGCAAGUAUUCAACGGCCGGCUCCAAAGAAGAGUAGAUUUUAAAUUUUGUUGAUUUAAAAAAAAAAGACAUUUUUAAGUUAUUUUGACCUCAAUUUGGUGCUAGAAUUGUGUUUUUAAGAGAUCGAAAAAAAUCUACUAAAAGUCUGUCACUUUUAAAACACAAUUUCAGAAAAGUCAUCUUAGUUUGUGCAGUUUCUUAUCACUUUACAUGGAACUUAGGGAUAUGUAAACGACUUAGUAGAAACAAUCGAUAUCAAAUAAAUAUUUUGCCAGCCCGAGGCAUCCUGAAAAUGUUUUGCUAUUUCGGAGUCGGAGCAUUUCAUAACAAGAUGUUGCUAAUUUUUUUUUUUUACACGGUGUAGUAGGUGGGGUUAGGUAUUAAAAAAUUGAUUUUAGAAUGCUCAAGACAAUUGCACCUAUUGAGAGUGGUAAAUAAAACGAAAUCUUUCUUUGCGUUAUCAAUAGGUCUGUCCAUUACAAAAUGUAAAUACAAGACUAUGAUUCAAUUUUAAUUUAUACAUUUAAUUUUGACUACUUUGUACUGUGUACAAAAUUAUACGAAAAGUAUGAAUAAGAUGGUAUGAACGACUAUUUAUGUGAUCAGUUUGGGUGUGAUGUACGUUAAUUCGGUUUUUUAAAUGAAUUUCAUUCUCAUUUAUUUUGAAUGUUUAUCGAGACACUGAGGUACCAAUUAUCUGUGAAACUUGUUUUUUUUUUUUAAAUGCUGACUAAAAAGUUGAUUCUAUAUUUAAAAAUAUAAACCAACUGUACUUUAAAAAAAAAUAAUAUUUGAACUCUUUAAGGCCACUGAUACUUUCAUUUUCGUCGCUCAGAGGAAUUGGAUAGAGAGUUCUAGUAUUCUGACAAAUAAUCUGAUCAGGAUCGAUGACGUGAAAUCAAGUCAACGUUAUUGUUUUGCUGCAACAAGAUUUGUUUCUAUUUUGGCGUGGAUGAGAAAGAAGGCUCCUAAAAAAGCUGUUUUGAAACCAAUGAAUGGAUCAUUAUUUAUAAAUAUUUUAUAUCUAAUGUAUUUUUUAACAUGUUAUGGCAAUUUUGUCAUUAAAAUAUCAAAUUCUU